AUGGCAGUUGCACUCCCUUUCCCUUUCUCCCUCACUCACUCACUCACUCUCUCACUCUCACUCUCUCACUCUCUCUCUUUGCAGAAACAACAACAGCAGCAGCAGCAGCAGCUGGUGGCGGGGCAGCGGAGCAGCCAAUUGAGUCGGGAUCGCGAUAGGCUCAGAGAUCGCGAUCAGCGAACUGAAGAUCGACCGCACAAUGGCGCUGGCAGCAGCCGCAGCAUUGCACAAGUGUCGCAGAAACGCGAACGCAAUGCAGCGAGCAGUGCAGCCAGCGUUGCUUGUGCGGGUGGUGGCGCCGGUGGUGCAGCAACUGCAACUGCAACUGGUGAUCAGCACACGGCGCUGAUGGAUGAAUUUAAGCGCGCGCAUCAGCGCAUGUUUCGGAACGGGUUCCAUGAGAGCGAGCACAAGGAGCGCGGCGAGACGCUGAAACGCACUUCGAUUAUGCCCGAUGAUAGCUGCUAUCGCAGCAACAACAACAACAACAGCAACAACAACAACAGCAACAGCAGCAACAAAAACUACAGCAACAACAGCAGCAGCAGCAGCAGCAAUAUUGCCAGCAACGGAAGCAAUCGCAUGUUGCUGCUUAAUGGCAGCAACAACAACAACAACAGCAACAGCAAUGUGAAUGGUACGCCGGAAUUGCCACCGCCGCCACCUCAGUUUGCCAAUCCACAGCAGAAGCAGCAACAGUCGCCGCCACCACAGCCGCCCGCGCAGCUCAAGCUGAGCAUACCCAACGGCAACGGCAACAGCAAUGGGAAUGGGAAUGGGAAUGGGAAUGGCCAGCCGCUGUCCGCUCGCAGCAAGCAGCUGAGCGCAGCAUUUGGAUCGGCGUCGCCGCUGUCGCCCGUGCGCAGCCCCAGCGUGCAGAUGCGUGCGCCGGCAAUGCCGCAGCCCGAUUACGAUGCAGCAGCAGCAGCAGCAGCAGCGCCAGCGAAUGGCACGCAGCAGCGACGCACGCUGCGCUUGGGCACGGUGACGAUUGGCGAGUACAGCGGGGAGCAGCGCAGCAAGCGGGAGAUGCUGCGCAGCACAAACGCUGGCAGCGCUCAAACGAACGGCAUACUCAAGAAUGGCAAUCGCAGCAGCAACAGCUUCAGCGCCAGCAACGGCAACAGCAGCAGCGCCAGCAGCAGCAACAGUCGCCAGCAACAGCAACAGCAGCAGCAACAGCCAGAAAAAUCUAUUAAAUUUGGCAACUAAAAAAUAUCGAAAAAAAAAAAAACAUUUGUGCAAUAUGUUUUAAGCAGACGUAGUACAAAAGCAAAAAAAAAAAAA